UUUUGGCGCCCCCAACGUUCAAAUUAGCAUAAUUUCACUGGUUCUCUAGGUAAUUUAUUAUACAGCUCUAUGGGUCGGAGGUCGAGUAAGCAUGCAGAGUACCAUCCAAUUUAAAUGGCACUAAAGAGAGCAUGUGGUUCCAGCAUGGCAGUUUUCAAAUGAAGCAUAAAUUUCUUGCAUUUCAUGAACUGAAAUGCCUUUAUAAAAUUAUCAUAUUCGAUUGAGAGAACACCCAAAAAGUUCUUCGACAUUCCAGCUUUCACAAUGAACAAGUCAAACAUAAAAGAGGCCAAUGAGCACCUUCAGAAACUGUACCAGCGGGUGCAGGACUUGGAGAGCACGGUGCAGGAACAGGCUGAGGCGAUGAUUCGCAAGGACGAGGAGGCCGGGGAAGCGCUCCGCGAGCUCGGCCGAAGCAAAGACCGCGAGAUCGCCGAACUGCGGAAAUCCUUGGAAGCCUCGGAGGUCCACGUCCAGCACCUCAUGGGUUCCUGCCGGGACAAGGACGCCCAGAUACUGCAGCUGAAACAGAGAAGCAGGAUUCUGGAGGAGGUCUGCCAGGAACUGCCGUCGCUGGAAAUCGUCGUGGGCGCCUUGAGGAAAACACCGCUUUCGCCGGGCAUGCCGGGGAGCCGGCACGCUUCCGGGUUCGACCAGGGCGUGGCGGCGAACUCUGAGGGAGGGUCUCCCCUUCCGGUUGAGGGAGAACAGGAGGCGGGGAAACCGGGGGAACACUUGCAGAACAAUAUUUCAAGGAACUUUUCCAUCUCGGAUGAUGAUGAUGAAAGACACUUGCCUUGAAGAAAAAUGUCAACUUCAAGACAUUGCAAUUUAAUAGCAUCAACUGCGCAAAGAUGUUUUCCAUGUAAAAAUAAUAUUUUUAAACCCCCUUUUCUAUUGAUAGUGCCUAAAAAAAAUGCCAUAAACCAUGUCCUUUUUCCCACAAAAAAUUGGAAAGAUUCCCAUUCCUUGCAGUAACCUAUCACUCAGUAUCGCCAUCAGAAAGUUAUACAUAUAUGUCCUAAUUUAAAGUCAAAUUUAGCAGGAAAAGUAUUGAAACAUUUACCAAGAAAACACUCGGAAAUUUUCAGGCCAGCCUCAAAGGGUUUGUGCACAGGGUGGCAAGUGACGUCCAGGUGUGGAAAUCUUUCCACACAAAAAAAUGUUAUCGACUGUGAUUUGUUAAGCACUGAAAUAAUCUGUUUACAUUCCAAGAGCCUUUGAUGAAUUAGCCCGUGGCCUCGGUAUUCCUGCGCUCGAGCUGAGGCCACACUAGUGGGGCUAUUGCAAAAUUAGACAUUUUCAUUUUUGAAAUCACUGAAUGUCCGUGAACGUUUGAUUAGGUGGGCUGGAAUUUUCAAUCAUAAAGAGAAAUUCUUUUAAAAGGUACAAAUGACCAAGUAAAUCGUAAAAAAGGGAGGAGUGAUACUUGGCAAACUGCCAAGUGAAAGUUUCAUUUUCCCCCGUUGGUUUACUUAGCAAGUUAGUUAUACAGUAGACUUGAUGACAAGUCGUUAAAUAUUUUUGCAUUUUGUCUGUGAACUUCAGUCAAACUCCAUCGGCGCGGCUGGUAAAAGACUAGUACGUAAUCAGCCGGGUUGCGACAUAAUUUUAUCAGAAAUAGUCAGCAUCAUUUGGUCUGGGAACCAGACUACGUGCAUUGCAGCGAUAUGUUGCGAGCGUGGAGCCAGUAACCGAUUACCCUACGCAAAACAAGUACCGACUCGGCACCAAGUCUAGUUGCAUAGCAGUGGGCAAAACUACAUUGAUUUACAUUAAAGACAAAACAAGUUGAGGCCAGUACACACUGUAGUUCAGUUUAGUUUAAAUAUCCACUAUUUUGGUAUUUAUUUUCCAUCUCGUUGUAUGAUAAUAUAAGGCUGAAU